AUGAAUUUCCAUAAGGACGAAGAUCUUGUGUUGCUCCACACACUCAGAGUUUCCUCCGACACAGCAGAACAUGCUGUGUUGACCUGCAAAAAAAUUUUACCAACACCAAGUCUGGUUGUACAGGAAAAUUGGGUUAUACAAUCUUGGAAGCGUGAGGAGAUAAAUGGAAUUGGACAACAUACUUCAACUUAUGGAGAGAGCACCCAGCAGAGGAAGGCAAAGAAUUGGCACUCCAAAGGCCAACAGACCCAUAGGCGUAAAGAAGAAGGUUGA